CAAUUCAUUUCAUACUUCGUUCCAACAGAUUUCACGCAAAUUCCAUUUCCUUCCGUUCUUCAAGCUAUGAAGCGCCAGUUCGCGAGUUUUGGAAACGUCCGCGAUCUCAAUUUCGAGGCAACAGAGCUACGAUUAGGAUUACUGCCGAGAACAGAACAAGAACGAGAAUCACAAUCAGAAUCCGCGGAACAGAGCAAGAGCGAUUCCAGAUCCGGAAGCGAGUACUCGAUUUCGUCCACUAAUCCUUCUUCAGAUGCUGAGCAUUUGCAUUGCCGCGAAAUACACAUUAUCGAUCAUCCUCCGCCGGCAAAGGCGCAAGUGGUAGGAUGGCCACCGGUGAGAUCUUACCUGAAGAAUAUGAUAAUUGAAGCAGAAAAGAAGAUUCAGAAGGAGAUUAUGAACAAGGAAGUAGGGAGCAGUGGAAUGUAUGUGAAAGUAAGCUUGGAUGGAGCUCCUUAUCUCAGGAAGAUCGAUCUCAAGCUUUAUCAGAGCUAUCAACAGCUUUUGGAUGCUUUGGAAGACAUGUUCAACAUCAAACUUGGUGGAAAUUCAGAGAGAGAGGGGAACAAUUGGUGUGAAUAUGUUCUAACUUAUGAAGAUAAAGAUGGUGAUUGGAUGAUGGUUGGAGAUGUUCCAUGGAAUAUGUUUAUUCGCUGCUGCAAGAGAUUGAGAAUUAUGAAAGGAUCAGAUGCCAGAGGAUUGGGUUGUUUGUAAUUUAAAGAAGAAAUUUGAGGAAUUUAUUUUGGAUCAAAUUUAUUGUUCCCAAAACAAAAUGAGAUCCAAGACACAACUACUCAAGAUCCAAUUGUACAAAAAUGAAUGUCAUAUUCCACUCUAUAUUUUAUAUUUAA